AUGUUGGCCCUUAGACGUUCGACCACAUUAUUGGGUCGAGUCGCUACCAAUGCAACAUUGGUGAGACCAAUGCCAAGACGCUUAAAUUUUGGUACUUUUAGUUCUGUAAUGCAAAAGAAACAACAGGAUGGUAAGGAUGAAAAGCCGCAAUCAAUUCUAAGCGAGGAUCUACUGGCAAAGGCUGGAUUUGAUCUUGAUGAUCCUAGUAACCAGCAUCAGCAGAAAUCCCAAGAAGGUGACAGUGAGGCUGGUAAGGGUGCCGCUGGCGCUAGUGAGAGUGGUCGUGGUGAUGAUAAGAAGAAGCGUAGAAAAAGACAGUCAUCCACUGAUAUUAAACGUGAAAGGUAUGCAAAUUGGUUCUACAUCUUCACGUUUGCAUCUUUGGCAGGUGUAGGUCUGUAUAUGACAAGAGAUUGGGAAGAAGGAGAUUCCAAAGAAGUGAGACAGGGAGUUGAUAAUGGCUAUACAGCACAAUUGAUGUAUCAAAGAUUUAUGACACGUAUCCACAAUAUGUUUAGCUAUUUCCAAGAACCACCUUUCCCCGACCUCUUGCCACCACCACCACCACCACCAUACCAAAGACCAUUGACCUUGGUUAUUACAUUGGAAGAUUUCUUGGUUCACAGUGAAUGGUCUAAAAAGUAUGGUUGGAGAACCGCUAAGCGUCCUGGCUGUGACUAUUUCCUUGGUUACCUUUCUCAAUACUAUGAAAUUGUUCUCUUUUCCUCCAAUUACAUGAUGUACUCUGACAGAAUUUGUGAAAAAUUGGAUCCAAUCCAUGCGUUCAUCUCUUACAACCUUUUCAAAGAGCAUUGUGUUUAUAAGGAUGGUAUUCACAUCAAGGAUAUUUCAAAGAUGAAUAGAGAUGUAGGUAAAGUUGUCAUGAUUGAUACUGACCCUAAUUGCUACAAAUCACAACCUGAAAAUGCUAUACCUGCCAAACCAUGGGAUGGUACACCGGAUGAUGGUCUGUUGCAAUUGAUCCCCUUCUUGGAAUAUUUGGCUACUCAACAAGUUAAUGACGUUAGACCAAUCUUGUCCAGUUUCCAAGAUAAGUCAAAGAUUCCAACCGAGUUUACCCAACGUGUGGAAAAAUUGAAGGCCAAAUUUUUUGCAGAUCACCGUGCCAAGACUCAAGAUAAUUGGGCUCUUACGCUGCUAGGUGUUGCACCUUCUGCAUCAAGUGUUAAAUUCCCAUUAGAUAUGAUCCGUGAAGAAGGUGAAAAGAACUACAUCCGUUUCAUGCAGUUGAUCGAAGAAGAGAAAGAAAAAAUCCGUAUACAACAAGAACAACUUGGUGGUCAAACUUUCACUUUGAAAGAUUACGUAGAAGGUAACAUACCAUCCCCAGAAGAACAGGUGAAGAUGCAAUUAGAGAAACAGCAAGAAGUGGAACAACUUUAUGAACAACGUAAGAAAGAAAAAGCUGAACAAAAGAGACAACAACAGCUACAACAACAACAAAACUAA